CUCAAUCCGGCCAAGCGUACGUACCCACAGCCGCAGCUGUGAAUGGCGAAUGAUUCCUUUGAAAAAGUUGAAGAAAAAACCUCAAUUUUUUUCUUUCUCAAUACACCAAAUUAUAAAGGGUCAUUCUUUCAAAUGGCGACACACUCGUCUGCCCCGGCAUAUGUACUCGGCCUGGCCUGUUUCAGCCGAGGCUUGAUGGCCAUAUUCUCACCACGCGAUGAAUACGGCCGUGUCGGCCUGCCGCUUGAGCCUCACUAUAUAGCUAUUGCUGCUCCUCCCUCUCCUUCCUCCUCCUCCUCUUCAUCGUCAUCAUCUUCUUCUUCAGAGAGUCAGCUCCAUGGCUAUGUCGAAGAGUCCGGCGUAUCACCGCUUAUGUAUUUCAAAGGAAUACGUGAAGUCAGCUACGGCCUGGUGCUGAUGGCACUGCAGCGGCAAGGCCACGAUGACGCCGUCACGACGGUUGCAGCAGUCUUGUCACUCGCAAGGCUUGGGGACGGAUUAGUCGUCUGGAUGAGAGGAGGGAACCAGCUCAAAUGGAAGGCGUCCGGCCAUUGGAUUACGGGAGUCGGGCUUUUAGGGUGGGUGGUUUGGAGAUGGAGAAUUUAAGGAGACUUUGAACCGCUAGGGAUGGUAUAGAAUAAUAGCAUUCUUCCUACUUAGGUAACAAUCAAGCCGACAACCCAUGAUAGUUUCACCAAAGAAUCAGUC